AUGGAGUCCCAAAGUGCAGAACAGGAGCUGUCAGUCACCAAGCUACAGAGCCAGGAGGCUAGGCUAAGAGACUCUCUGGCCAAGAUGGCUGCCCUGAGUGAAGGCCUGGCCAACGACAAGGUGGAACUCAACCGCAUCCUGCUACAGGUCAGUGCUGCUGCUACUGCUGCUACUACUACUACUACUACUACUACUACUACUACUACUACUACUACUACUACUACUACUACUACUACUACUACUACUGCUGCUAGUACUACUACUACUACUACUACUACUACUACUACUACUACUAUACUACUACUACUACUACUACUACUACUACUACUACUACUACUGCUACUACUGCUACUACUAUACUACUACUACUACUACUGCUACUACUACUACUGCUACUACUACUACUACUACUACUGCUACUACUAUACUACUACUACUACUACUACUACUACUACUACUUUCUACUACUACUGCUACUACUGCUACUACUAUACUACUACUACUACUGGGGCGGCAGGUAGCUUAGUGGUUAAGAGCGUUGUGCCAGUAACCGAAAGGUCGCUGGUUCUAAUCCCCGAGCCGACUAGGUGAAAAAUCUGUCGAUGUGCCCUUGAGCAAGGCACUUAACCCCAAUUGCUCCUGUAAGUCGCUCUGGAUAAGAGCGUCUGCUAAAUGACUAAAAUGUAAAUGUAACUACUACUACUACUACUACUACUACUACUACUGCUACUGCUACUACUGCUACUACUACUGCUACUAUACUACUACUACUACUACUAUAUGACUACUACUACUGCUACUACUACUAUACUACUGCCCCUACUACUACUGCUACUAUACUGCUACUACUUUGCUAACUAUACUCGACUACUACUACGCUACUGCUACUAACUACACUAACUACUACUCUACUGCUACUACUACUAACUACUAUCACUAUUCUAACUAUACUACUACUACUACUGACCUACUACUGCUACUGCUACUUCUACUACUACUACUAACUACUAUACUACUACUACUACUACUUACUACUAUACUACUACUACUACUACUACUACUACUACUACUACCUACCUACUACUACUACUCUACUGUGACUACCACUACAUACUGCACUACUACUACUACUACUACUACACUACUACUACUACUACUACUACUAUACUACUACUAUACUACUACUACUACUAUACUACACUACUACUACUUACUACUACUUACUACUAACUACACUACUACUACUCUACUACUAACCUACUACUACUACUACUUACUACUACUACUACUACUACUACUAAUACUUACUACUACUACUACUACUUUGAUACUACCUACUACUACUACUACUACUACUACUACUACUACUACUACUACUACUACUACUACUACUAUACUGACUACUACUACUACUACUACUACUACUACUAUACUACUACUCUACUACUACUACUACUACUACUUACUGAUACUACUACACUACUACACUACUACCUACUACUACUACUACUACUACUACUACUCUUGUACUACUACUACUACUACUACUACUACUACUACUACUACUACUACUACUACUACUACUACUACUACUACUACUAACUACUACUACUACUACUACUACUACCUACUACUCUACUACUACUACUGUUGAUACUACUACUACUAUACUAGCUACUACUACUACUGACUACUGACUACUACUACUACUAUACUACUACUACUACUAACUACUACUACUACUACUACUACUACUACUACUACUAACUACUACUACGUUGAUACUACACUACUACACUAACUACUACUACUGACUAUACACUACAACUACUACUACUACUACUACUGUUGAUACUACCACUACUACUACUGACCUAGCUACUUACUACUACUACUACUCUGCUCUACUACUACUACUACUAUAUCUACUACUACUACUACUACUACUACUGCACUGGACUACUACUACUACUGUAUGCAUACUACUAUCUACUACUACUGCUACUGCUCUGCUACACUACUACUGCUACUGCUACUAUACUGAUACUAGCUAUUGCUACUCUACUACUACUACUACUACUAUACUACUACUACUACUUACUACUUAACUACUAACAUACUACUACUACUAUACUACAUAAUACUACAACUACUAUUACUACUAUGUACUAGUACUAUCAGUCUGAGUCAGAGGCGAUAUGAAGGAAGGUACUUCAGUACUACCUUGACAAACCUCUCUUCACCUUCUUCUCAAAACUAAAGAAACAAGUUCGAUGAGAGCACAGCUGAGGAGAGGUAGUUGAGGAGAGGUGAGGAGUCACAUACUAAUGACAUAAUCCAUUACUUCACUGUCUUCCAGAUCGAGGGUGAGAAGGCGGAGGUAGGUGAGCGUCGUCGGGAGGCGGAGGUGGAGAGGGCUUCGGCCAGGGAGGAGAUGGGGAGGCUGCAGCAGGAGCUCCAGGACCUGACUGCUGACAGACGGGCCCUGGAGACCUCCUAUAGCCUCCUGCAGGAAAACAACCAGAGACUGGAGGCUGAACUGGCACUGCUGCGGAGGGAGAACAACCAAAUCCUGGAACAGCAUGCACAGGUCAGGCUCAGACCUCCUUUUGGUCCUCCCCCCUCCUCCCUCCCUCCCUCCCUCCCUCCCUCCCUCCCUUCCUCCUCCUUCCUUCCCUUCCUUCUUCCUUCCUUCCUUCCUUCCUUCCUUCUUCCUUCCUUCCUUUCCUUCCUUCCUUCCUUCCUUCCUCCUUCCUUCUCCUUCCUUCCUCCUCCCUACAUCCCCUUCCUUCCCCUACCUCUGCCUUCCCUUCUUCCUUCCUUCCUACUUUCCUUCCUCUUCUUCCUCCUUCCUCAAUCUUCCUCCAACUCCUCAUGCCCUACCCGGCCUCAACCCGCCGCGCAAGACGCCACCCUACCCUCCCUCCCUCCCUCCCUCCUCACCUCCCUCCCUCCCUUCCUUUCCUCUCCUUCCUUCCUUCCUUCCUUCCUUCCUUCCUUCCUUCCUUCCUCCUCUCUCCUCCCUCCUCCUCCCUCCCUCCUCUCCUCCUCCCCUCCUCAUUCCUCCCCCCCAUUCUCCUCCACCUAA